UACUGAGACUCAUUGUUCUUGACCUGAGUCCAUCAAGCUCCAGGCUUUCUAUAAAGAAUAGAGAAGCCAUAGCAACAGGCACUAACUGAGUGUAACAGCAGGUCCCAAACAAGCCACUGUACCGCAAGAAUGUGAUAAAUAAGCAGCUCCUGAACUGCUCGGAAAUUUAAUUUAUGGGAGAAAAACCUGCAUGAGUGAAUCAAAAAUGACUGCUCAUGAGAACUCAAACAGCAUAAGGAGACCAAAUCUAAGAUUGCCAUUCAGUCAUCACCGUCAAACAAAUGUGAUGCUUCUUAAAAAUAAUCAAAGAGCCACAAAACACCCACAAGCCUUUCCAAUGCUGGGUGAACUUCCUUCUUUGGCAGGUUUAUUGCUCUAUCCAGGAAAGAGAGAAAAGAUGGUAACCACAACAGAAAGUGCGUUUGGACCCAAAACCUGCCCAAAGUUAGAACCAAAGAAGAUUCUUCAGUGCAGUCUAACUCUGGAUGGUGACCAAAGCUUCAUUACAACAAAUAGGGAAGAUUUCCCAGCUUACACAUUAGAUGGAACUCCUAUUGUGUGGCAAAAUAAGGCACCUGUCAGAAAGGAGAUGAGUGUUGAAGAACAAAGAUCUUCUCUUUACCAGCAUGACUUUCCAGCACCCAAGAAAAAGUAUUUCAGGAGAAAUCAGGUCGUACCUCAUCCUGACAACCUAGCUAUUAAUACUGCACUGAGAGCAGAAUUCAGAACAGUUCAAAGAGAGGCCUACCCAGGAUGGGACGUCAUUGUGCACGCUCGCCCGUUCCCUGCCUUGAUUAAAAUAACAGAAUAAUUGAACAAAUAACUACAAUAUUAGUCCGCUUGAAAGAACACAGGUGGAUUUUAAAUAUGUCUGCUUUACAUAAGAAGGAUGCAUGUAAUGAUAAUAAAAAAUAUAUUUUCUCUUUGCAUUUAUACAUUUUAUAAAUACAAAAUAUAGUUUUUUAACUGGUAUUUUUCUGCUGUAAUUGUCAGCUUCUAAGCAAAACAGAAACAAUUGAUACUGUUGGAUGAAAAGUGAGAUUUUUUAAGUGAGAAGUUUUAAUUCCAUAAUAAAAAAAAUAAUAAGAAGAAUGUAUAGCUUCAUUUAUUGGGUCUCUAUAUUAGUGUUGUUCUAAUUCUACCUUUUAU